AAACACCCACUUCCUUGUCCCUCGCCCUCGGGUCAAGUCUUGCCUCUGCACGCCCUCCCUGUCCCUCCCUUGCCCCCUUUGUGCCCAUCACCCCUCUUCCGCCGACCUCCAAGUGCCUCCUCCUCCCCCAGCAGAGGCCUGUGUGGAGCCCCAGAUCACCCCCUCCUACUAUACCACUUCAGAUGCCGUCAUUUCGACCGAGACUGUCUUCAUCGUGGAGAUCUCGCUGAUGUGCAAGAACAGGGUCCAGCAGAAUAUGGCUCUUUAUGCCGAUGUCAGUGGCAAGCAGUUCCCUGUCACCCGGGGCCAGGACGUGGGCCGCUACCAGGUGUCCUGGAGCCUGGACCACAAGAGUGCUCACGCAGGCACCUAUGAGGUCAGGUUCUUCGACGAGGAGUCCUACAGCCUCCUGAGGAAGGCACAGAGAAACAACGAGGACAUCUCCAUCAUCCCACCGCUCUUCACGGUCAGCGUGGACCAUCGGGGCACCUGGAACGGGCCCUGGGUCUCCACCGAGGUGCUGGCUGUGGUGAUCGGCCUCAUCAUCUACUACCUGGCCUUCAGCGCCAAGAGCCACAUCCAGGCCUGAGGGACGGGCCUCCCUGGCCUCUUUUCUCAAUAAACAGUGUGUGGCUGUCA